AUGAUGCGGACGCAGUGUCUGCUGGGGCUGCGCACGUUCGUGGCCUUCGCCGCCAAGCUCUGGAGCUUCUUCAUUUACCUUUUGCGGAGGCAGAUCCGCACGGUAAUCCAGUACCAAACUGUUAGAUAUGAUAUCCUUCCUUUAUCUCUCGUGUCCCGGAAUCGGCUAGGCCAGGUGAAGAGGAAAAUCCUGGUAUUGGAUCUGGAUGAGACACUUAUUCACUCCCACCAUGAUGGGGUUCUGAGGCCCACAGUUCGGCCUGGAACACCUCCUGACUUCAUCCUCAAGGUGGUAAUAGACAAACAUCCAGUCCGAUUUUUUGUACAUAAGAGGCCUCAUGUGGAUUUCUUCUUAGAAGUGGUGAGCCAAUGGUACGAGCUGGUGGUGUUCACAGCAAGCAUGGAGAUUUACGGCUCUGCUGUGGCAGACAAACUGGACAACAGCAGAAGCAUUCUUAAGAGGAGAUACUAUAGACAGCACUGCACUUUGGAGUUGGGCAGCUACAUUAAGGACCUCUCUGUGGUCCACAGUGACCUCUCCAGCAUUGUGAUCCUGGAUAACUCCCCAGGGGCUUACAGGAGCCAUCCAGACAACGCCAUCCCCAUCAAGUCCUGGUUCAGUGAUCCCAGUGACACGGCUCUUCUUAACCUGCUCCCCAUGCUGGAUGCCCUCAGGUUCACCGCUGAUGUUCGGUCUGUGCUGAGUCGAAACCUUCACCAACAUAGGCUCUGGUGACAGCUGCUCCCCCUCCACCCAUGUUGGGGUGGGGGGGAGAGG